GAGCCAUUCCGCAGCCGUACCAGGCGGGUUGAAAUCGACUGCCUAAUAACUUAUUAUUUUUUUUAAUAGAAUUUUUGUGAAAAAAAGGAAACUGAAAUUUAAAUUUAAAUAUAUACAGAGGACCGUUAUAGAGCAAAAGCGAAAGAAAGAAAGAAAGCGAAGAAAGAGAAAGAGAAAGAGAAAGAGAAAGGGAGAAGAGAAAGAAAGAGAGAGCGAGAGAGAGAGAGAGAGAGAAGAUACGGGUAUUACGUAUCUUCGUCGAAGAGCGAGUGAGAGUGGGAGUGGGAAUGUAAAGAGUGGAUCAAUGGAAAAAGUGUGCAAAUUUUGGGCUGAAGGGAGGUGUGUGAGAAGGGGUCGAUGUCAGUUUCUCCAUUCUUGGUCUCGGGGUGAUCUUUACUCCUACCUCGCAAAUCUCCAUGGCCACACUAAGGCGGUGACUGGUCUUGCUCUACCUGAUUCGGGUUCUGGAGAUAAACUCUACACAACAAGCUACGAUGGUAAGCUUUGCAUUUGGGACUGCCACACCGGUAAAACCACUGCUGUCAUCAAUUUUGGAGUCCCAGUUGGGUGUUUGAUCAAUGAAGGCCCUUGGCUUUUCAUUGGUCUCCCAAAUCAGAUCAAGGUUAGGAACACUCAGAAUAAUACUACCACUGGACCUGAAAUUACAAUCACUCUUGAUGGAGAGGGACCUGUUGGUCAAGUCAACUGUAUGGCUGUUGUCAAUGGUACUCUGUUUGCUGGUACCGAGAGUGGUCAGAUAUUAGCUUGGCAAGCUUCCUCUGAUGGAGCUUCUCCUACUGCUAAUCCAAUUUUCAUCCCUCUUGGUGUUCCAUCUUCCAUGAAACAUGGAGGUCCAGUUGUCUGUUUGUGUUAUGGUGGAAACAGACUUUUCUCAGCUUCUUUAGACCACUCAAUCAAGGUGUGGGAUUACAAUUUACAAUGUGUGGCCACUUUGAAAGGUCAUUCAGAUGGUGUCAUGUCCCUUGCAUUUGGUGGAUAUUAUUUAGUCUCAUCUUCAUUGGAUGGCACUAUCAAAAUUUGGGCUACCACUGAAAAAGGCAACAUAGAGACAGUCCAUACCCAUGAAGAAGGACAUGGUGUUCUUGCACUAAAUGGGAUAACACUCCCUCCAAAGACUUGUGAUGCAAAAGAAAAAGAAGAAUCUGAUGACCAAAACAACAUUUUGCUUUGCUCUUGUAAUGACAAUUCUGUUCGUCUGUAUGCAUUGCCAAGCUUUGAAGAGAAAGGCAGAUUCUUCACAACACAAGAAGUCAGGACAAUUCAAAAGGGUCCAGGAGGACAUAUUUUUACAGGGGAUGGUUCUGGUCGUACUACUGUCUGGAAGAUGAAUCUUUAAGCCAAGCCAAUUCAACCUCCUCAUCAGAAUUUAGAAUACAUUAUUACAUUACAUUGUUUUUUUUAUUGACUCUUGCUUGUGUUUAAACUAUGUCUACUACUUAAUGAACAAUAAUUGUAAGUUUCAGGUUGGGCUAUGCCUUAUGCACAUGAUUGGUGGUUUGAGUAGGUGCCAACAUAGUUGAGAUCUGCUCAAGGCUGCGAUGAUGCUUGCAUCCCUCCCACCCCAUUUUUCCACAUAUUAUAUUGGUACUUGGCUUUGUAUUUACUGUGAAUUAAUUACAUGUAACUAAAUCAAAUUCAUUCACUUGACUUGAGAAUUUGCUUUAUCCAUCACUUGUUCUUAUUCCCUAAUAAUAUAUAAGCCACUCCAAUCCAAGCUUGCUUUGCAUAUAACUGCCAUAUAGGAAAUUAAUUCUCUACAAUGCAUAAUUCGUAAUCAGCCUCAACAACAUAUCAUUCUAUCUAU